CUUCCCAUGCCCGCCGCUCAACGAAAACGGCCACCGGGGACCACGUUGCAGCUCUCUUGAAGAAAGGCACUCAGGCACACGAAACGGUCAUUCCGUGACCUCUCGGUGAACUUCAACAGGCCAGGGGCCUCGUUGAGGCGGCCCCGCGCAAACAGCCAAAACAGGGAACCCCACCGGAGUAACCCUCGCCCGGCUUGCCGCAAAGCGCGCCGUUCCCACGCGCUCUUUGCCGCUCUCGCCUGGUCGCGCGGGAACGGCGCGUCUUCCGCGCUUGACGGUAGUUCGCCUCACCGGCAGUCUCCCCCUCUCGCGGCCCGUCAUAUUCCCCCUGAAGAUGGAGCGUCCGCGUUGAGUGAGUCUCCCUUUCCUACAACGGACGACGCGGCUUGCACCGGCCGCCAUGGCCAUGGCCGCCUCCGGCAGGGCGGUGGACCGGACCCUUUUCGUGGGAAACCUGGAGAGUCGCGUGGGCGAGGAGAUCCUCUACGAGCUGUUCCUGCAGGCUGGACCAGUAACCAAAGUGACCAUAUGCAAGGACAAAGAUGGAAAACCCAAGACUUUUGGAUUUGUCUGCUUUAAACACACAGAGUCAGUGCCUUAUGCUAUAGCUUUGCUCAAUGGGAUUCGUUUAUAUGGAAGACCAAUUAAAGUGCAAUAUCGGUUUGGGAGUUCUCAUCCUCCUGAAUUAAGUAGUCCUUGCCAAAACAUGGAGAAUGAUGUACAGUCUCCAAUAUAUAGGAAUGUGGAGCCUUAUGGUGGUACUGCAUCACAUGCUAGUCCUUUUCAGAUAAAUAACAAUCCACAUCAGAGUUAUUCAGCCUUUCAAAACAUGAUGACAUGUCUUUUAGCCCAGCAGUGUACACCUUUUAGUCCGAUCGGGCAGCCAUUUCCUUACUAUCAGAUGACGACACCACCACCACCACAAGUUCCCAUUUUUCCUCUAUCGCCCUACCUGAAUCCAGGAGAAAACUCUUUUGAAUGUGUCUACUCAGAACUGAAUAACCAUUCACAGUAUCUAGUUAAGGAACAUGCACAUAAACGAAAAAGACUUCAGGAAACUAGUGACAGUGACAGUAGCAUGGAAAAUGACAGGAAAAAAACAAAGAGAAAAUGAAUAAAAAUAUAUAAACUGGAAUAGGCUUGACUGCAUAGUUUUCAAAGGGCGGAAAGCUCUUUACAUUUCACAGUAUAGAUUCACAAGAAAUACGUAACCUCAAUCUGAAGAAGAGUGAUUGGUUUGUGAUGAAUUAUUAUACAAGGUAAUUCAGAGAAUAAAGGAAAAGUAGUUUUUUAGAGUUCUCUUUCAUCAUUGCCUUAUUCUUCAUCAGUGAUUAAAAGUAUACAUACAUAUUUUAAAAAUACAGGAAGCAUUAUAGCCUCUCCUAAUAGCUUCAUCCACAAUAAAUGUAAGUUGACUUCAGGAUGUCUUAGUUAUUCAACAGUGUUUGAGUAGCUUCUUGCCCUGCCCCCCCCCCUUCUGCGUUCCUCACACAAUUCUUGAAGCUUGGUUGUGUAGGCCUAUGGAAACAACAUGUGAAGAGACUUCUGGUGGUAGGCUGCAGCCCAUUCAAUCAUUCUUAAUUGUGUGUUCUCCACAUGCAGUGAGGGGAGCAUGUUAGCCCUGCCACAUCCACAGAUUCUUUCAACAUGCAAAAUACUCUGAAUACUCUGAGAGUACUGCAUCUACAUGAGCCAAAAUCACAUUAUUUUCUGUUGUCUUGCUUAGGUGGAUACUGCAGUCUCGUGCUCUUCAUUCUGUUGCUUUUGCAGGCUGAAAGUGAUAAUGGGGGCAGCAUGGAAUACACAUGCUUUAAGAAUGACCGAAUAAGGGCUUUUAUGUGGAGAACAUUUAGACAUGUAGGCAAAAAAAUUCUUGCACAUAAAAAUCUAGUGUUAGGCUUAAGUUAUAGACUUCUCUCUGUUGCACUCGCUUCCCUGUAGAAGGUGUUUGUAUAUUUAAAGUUUUUCUAUUUAUUUUUAAUUGCAGAGAAAUAUCCAAAUAACAAUUCAGCUGCAGGCCCCAAAAGGCUGUGUCACUUUCGUACCUGAACUGGCCUUAGGGGUGGUGAGAGCAUACUUAGAAAUUACUACUGAUUCUGAAGGGACUUAGUGCCCAAAUAGGUGCACAUAUGACUGCAACCUCACUUAGACAGAGGAAAGUAUGUUAGUAUAAUCAGUUGGAUUAUGUUCUGGAUAAAUAUGGUAAUGAUCUGAAAAUUAUGUAUGCAAGGAAACAGAAUAUUAUAGGCUAACGUUUAUUGAAAGCAGCAUGACAAUGAAGUAGUUUAUCUAAAAAUAUUUGGUUAAACUUGAAAACAAAUAUGCCUCAUAAAAAUAUGUUUUUGAAAUGGAAAAUGCCAAGGAUUUCUGCUUUGCAAAAUAUGUGUCACAUACUAUGUAUGUUUUCUAAUGGAAAAAAAAAAUCUUGAUCCUUCAUACAGUGUUACAGUUGGUUGCAAAUACAAUAAUAAAGUUUGUGGUUAAAAUCUA